AUGACCCGCACAACCGGUAUAGCUCGUCACGAGUACGGGAGGCUGGAGGAAAGAGCGGUCAACGAGUGUCAGGAUCUACAGAGGAAGCAAUUUAUAGAUAAGAGCUACAUCGAAUCUAAAGUUCUUGCUCUGAGCGCUAGCAACUACAUAUCAACAUACGGAGCAGAGGAUGCGCUUUACGCCGCGUACUGGAGCUCCAACGACCCCGCUCGAAUCCGAUCCGUUUAUGAUGCUGUUGCUGCAGAGAAUUCCACUACAAGAACGCUGGACUGCAAUGAUCCAUACGGCCUUUGUGAAGAUGAUGUCCUGGCCUACGCUCUGUUCAUCGAGUCCUCGAACAUCUUCUAUUGCGAUACAUUCUUUAAGCUACUUCCGACAUCGUCUCUAUGCAAUGAAACAGCUUCUGCCAAUCAUACCGUCACUCGAGGAGGGGCAACCUUGCACGAGCUCACUCAUGCGAUAGAGGGGACUGCAGAUCUGACUUAUCGAUGCUCUUAUCAAGGCCUGUCUCCUGAAGAACAAGUCAAGAAUGCGGAUAACUACAAUUGUUUUGCGGAGGCGGCUUUCGUCAAGAUGUGGUGCUAA